CGUACAGCCGAAUCCCCCAAUGCCACCCAUCUUACAAAUCUAUAUAUGGCCAUCUAUGGGUCAUGCGAGCUCGAGGGAAGUUACCACCAUGUGCCAAGCGCAGCCGCCUGCAGACCCCCAGCAGCGAUGGCACCAGCGCCGCUGCUGUCAGCGGUGCCGGGCCUCCUAGCAGCGGUUAUGGGGCCGGCGGCGGUGGGCUGGGGCUGGCGGUGGCGGUGGUGGCGACUGGCGCUCUGCUGGGUGACGGUGAUGGCGAGCUACAGCCUCCUGCCGCCAAGCGCAGCCGCCUGCAGACCCCCAGCAGCGAUGGCACCAGCGCCGCUGCUGUCAGCGGUGCCGGGCCUCCUAGCAGCGGUUAUGGGGCCGGCGGCGGUGGGCUGGGGCUGGCAGCGGCGGUGGUGGCGACUGGUGGAGGCCUCAGCGUCGCAGAGAUUGUCGCUCUCUGUGCUAUGCCAAGGCUGCAGCCAUCCACAGUGGAGGUGGACCAUGCCAUGAAGGUCCUGCAGAACCAGAAGCCACCACCAGCGCCCCCUGGCAGCCUUCCCAUGCAUCUGCGGCCUGCGGCACUGCAGGCCAUGAUAGUGGCAAUCCAGGAGGGUCGCUGCCCCCAGGAGGCGGCAUCUGUAUUCAUAACAGAAGUUGCACAGUGAGGGGUCAGGACACGUAUGUGGCAAAUGAGGCAAGUGAGGCAAGCAAGGAUGAAGGUUCCGUGUUAAGAACGUGGACAGUGGCUUUGUGGGGAUGACAGAAGUUGCACAGUGAGGGGUCAGGACACGUAUGUGGCAAAUGAGGCAAGUGAGGCAAGCAAGGAUGAAGGUUCCGUGUUAAGAACGUGGACAGUGGCUUUGUGGGGAUGACAGAAGUUGCACAGUGAGGGGUCAGGACACGUAUGUGGCAAAUGAGGCAAGUGAGGCAAGCAAGGAUGAAGGUUCCGUGUUAAGAACGUGGACAGCGGCUUUGUGGGGAUGACAGAAGUUGCACAGUGAGGGGUCAGGACACGUAUGUGGCAAAUGAGGCAAGUGAGGCAAGCAAGGAUGAAGGUUCCGUGUUAAGAACGUGGACAGUGGCUUUGUGGGGAUGACAGAAGUUGCACAGUGAGGGGUCAGGACACGUAUGUGGCAAAUGAGGCAAGUGAGGCAAGCAAGGAUGAAGGUUCCGUGUUAAGAACGUGGACAGUGGCUUUGUGGGGAUGACAGAAGUUGCACAGUGAGGGGUCAGGACACGUAUGUGGCAAAUGAGGCAAGUGAGGCAAGCAAGGAUGAAGGUUCCGUGUUAAGAACGUGGACAGUGGCUUUGUGGGGAUGACAGAAGUUGCACAGUGAGGGGUCAGGACACGUAUGUGGCAAAUGAGGCAAUGGCUUUGUGGGGAUGACAGAAGUUGCACAGUGAGGGGUCAGGACACGUAUGUGGCAAAUGAGGCAAGUGAGGCAAGCAAGGAUGAAGGUUCCGUGUUAAGAACGUGGACAGCGGCUUUGUGGGGAUGACAGAAGUUGCACAGUGAGGGGUCAGGACACGUAUGUGGCAAAUGAGGCAAGUGAGGCAAGCAAGGAUGAAGGUUCCGUGUUAAGAACGUGGACAGUGGCUUUGUGGGGAUGACAGAAGUUGCACAGUGAGGGGUCAGGACACGUAUGUGGCAAAUGAGGCAAGUGAGGCAAGCAAGGAUGAAGGUUCCGUGUUAAGAACGUGGACAGCGGCAUCUGUACUCAUAACAGAAGUUGCACAGUGAGGGGUCAGGACACGUAUGUGGCAAAUGAGGCAAGUGAGGCAAGCAAGGAUGAAGGUUCCGUGUUAAGAAUGUGGACAGCGGCUUUGUGGGGAUGACAGAAGUUGCACAGUGAGGGGUCAGGACACGUAUGUGGCAAAUGAGGCAAGUGAGGCAAGCAAGGAUGAAGGUUCCGUGUUAAGAACGUGGACAGUGGCUUUGUGGGGAUGACAGAAGUUGCACAGUGAGGGGUCAGGACACGUAUGUGGCAAAUGAGGCAAGUGAGGCAAGCAAGGAUGAAGGUUCCGUGUUAAGAACGUGGACAGCGGCAUCUGUACUCAUAACAGAAGUUGCACAGUGAGGGGUCAGGACACGUAUGUGGCAAAUGAGGCAACGGCUUUGUGGGGAUGACAGAAGUUGCACAGUGAGGGGUCAGGACACGUAUGUGGCAAAUGAGGCAAGUGAGGCAAGCAAGGAUGAAGGUUCCGUGUUAAGAACGUGGACAGUGGCUUUGUGGGGAUGACAGAAGUUGCACAGUGAGGGGUCAGGACACGUAUGUGGCAAAUGAGGCAAGUGAGGCAAGCAAGGAUGAAGGUUCCGUGUUAAGAACGUGGACAGCGGCUUUGUGGGGAUGACAGAAGUUGCACAGUGAGGGGUCAGGACACGUAUGUGGCAAAUGAGGCAAGUGAGGCAAGCAAGGAUGAAGGUUCCGUGUUAAGAACGUGGACAGCGGCUUUGUGGGGAUGACAGAAGUUGCACAGUGAGGGGUCAGGACACGUAUGUGGCAAAUGAGGCAAGUGAGGCAAGCAAGGAUGAAGGUUCCGUGUUAAGAACGUGGACAGUGGCUUUGUGGGGAUGACAGAAGUUGCACAGUGAGGGGUCAGGACACGUAUGUGGCAAAUGAGGCAAGUGAGGCAAGCAAGGAUGAAGGUUCCAUGUUAAGAACGUGGACAGCGGCUUUGUGGGGAUGACAGAAGUUGCACAGUGAGGGGUCAGGACACGUAUGUGGCAAAUGAGGCAAGUGAGGCAAGCAAGGAUGAAGGUUCCGUGUUAAGAACGUGGACAGUGGCUUUGUGGGGAUGACAGAAGUUGCACAGUGAGGGGUCAGGACACGUAUGUGGCAAAUGAGGCAAAAGUUGCACAGUGAGGGGUCAGGACACGUAUGUGGCAAAUGAGGCAAGUGAGGCAAGCAAGGAUGAAGGUUCCGUGUUAAGAAUGUGGACAGCGGCUUUGUGGGGAUGACAGAAGUUGCACAGUGAGGGGUCAGGACACGUAUGUGGCAAAUGAGGCAAGUGAGGCAAGCAAGGAUGAAGGUUCCGUGUUAAGAACGUGGACAGCGGCUUUGUGGGGAUGACAGAAGUUGCACAGUGAGGGGUCAGGACACGUAUGUGGCAAAUGAGGCAAGUGAGGCAAGCAAGGAUGAAGGUUCCGUGUUAAGAACGUGGACAGCGGCUUUGUGGGGAUGACAGAAGUUGCACAGUGAGGGGUCAGGACACGUAUGUGGCAAAUGAGGCAAGUGAGGCAAGCAAGGAUGAAGGUUCCGUGUUAAGAACGUGGACAGUGGCUUUGUGGGGAUGACAGAAGUUGCACAGUGAGGGGUCAGGACACGUAUGUGGCAAAUGAGGCAAGUGAGGCAAGCAAGGAUGAAGGUUCCGUGUUAAGAACGUGGACAGUGGCUUUGUGGGGAUGACAGAAGUUGCACAGUGAGGGGUCAGGACACGUAUGUGGCAAAUGAGGCAACGGCUUUGUGGGGAUGACAGAAGUUGCACAGUGAGGGGUCAGGACACGUAUGUGGCAAAUGAGGCAAGUGAGGCAAGCAAGGAUGAAGGUUCCGUGUUAAGAACGUGGACAGUGGCUUUGUGGGGAUGACAGAAGUUGCACAGUGAGGGGUCAGGACACGUAUGUGGCAAAUGAGGCAAGUGAGGCAAGCAAGGAUGAAGGUUCCGUGUUAAGAACGUGGACAGCGGCUUUGUGGGGAUGACAGAAGUUGCACAGUGAGGGGUCAGGACACGUAUGUGGCAAAUGAGGCAUGUGAGGCAAGCAAGGAUGAAGGUUCCGUGUUAAGAACGUGGACAGCGGCUUUGUGGGGAUGACAGAAGUUGCACAGUGAGGGGUCAGGACACGUAUGUGGCAAAUGAGGCAAGUGAGGCAAGCAAGGAUGCAGUUCCGAGCCGGUACAUCGGACGCGAAACAGGUUGCGUGCCGGGAAGUAGUGGGAUGGUGUGGUCGACUGGGCGCACUGGAGGCAGCCCCGGGAUGGGCUGGAACACGUCAGAGUAUUCAUCCAGC